AUGACAGCCAACUGUUUUGGGAUUGCAGUAAAUACCGUCUCUUCAAUUAUUACACAAGUGUGCAAAAACAUUGUUUAUCACCUAGGACCAAUCUAUAUAUCUCUACCGAAAACAGAAACCGAAAUGAGACAAAAGGUAGCUGAGUUUGAAUCCAAGUUUGGUAUGGUUCAAGCUUUUGGUUGUAUAGACGGUACACAUGUGCUAAUAGCCUGUCCUGUUGAAAACUCUCAGGAUUAUUUUUGUUAUAAACAAUAUUAUUCCAUGAAUGUUCAAGCAGUAUGUGAUUAUAAAGGAAUGUUUAUGGAUGUAGAAUGCAUUUGGCCUGGAAGUGUUCACGAUAGCAAAGUAUUUGCAAAAUCAUCUAUAAACAGAAAACUACGCAAUGGUUCCUUACCAGAAACAUUUCAAUCAGUAUUACAUGGAUAUGAAAAAAUUGGAACAUAUAUUAUUGGUGAUCCAGCCUACCCCUUGACUCCCUUUUGUAUAAAAGAGUAUCAAACUUGUAGCAAUAACGAGCAAGUUUUAAUAGCAUGCUUCGAUCGGCUCGAAACCCUAUCGAAUGUGCAUUUGGGAGAUUAA